AUGGAGGAGGAGGUUCCUGCAGCAGCAGCCGGUUCAAGUCAAAAGGUAGACAGAGGUGAUCAAGUGAGCAAGUACCGGUUCAACUUUGAUGCCGUGCGCAAGUAUCGGGACUUCCAGAAGUUUGACAUUGUUGAGGAUUACUCAGAUCAUUAUUAUGCAAAAUCAAUAUCAACACCAUCAGGAAAGUGGGCUAAAAAGAUCGAAAAAGAAUGGAGGAUUCUUGAAAAGGGCCUGCCUGAUACGAUAUAUGUAAGGGUUUAUGAAUCGCGGAUGGAUCUUUUAAGGGCCGUGAUUAAGGGAGCAGAAGGGACACCGUAUCAUGAUGGACUUUUUUUCUUUGAUGUGUGUUUCCCUAACACCUAUCCUAGAGACCCGCCCAAAGUGCAUUAUCACUCCGGUGGCCUAAGCAUUAAUCCGAAUCUCUAUUCAAAUGGCUAUGUUUGCUUGAGCCUUCUAAACACGUGGUAUGGUAGCAAGAAUGAAAAAUGGACACCUGGUGUUUCGACUAUGCUCCAAGUCUUGGUCUCUAUACAGGGUCUGGUUUUGAAUGCAAAGCCCUACUUAAAUGAACCUUUACUUGCAUGGACUAAUGUUGUCCCUCUUUUUGGAGGAUAUAGAUCCAAGUUAUACAAUGAGGAGAUUCUGAUGUACUCUCUCAAAACUAUGGUCUACACCAUGAACAAACCACCCAAGCAUUUUGAGGAUCUGGUGGUUGGACAUUUUCGCAUCCACGCACAUGAUAUUUUGAAAACAUUUAAGUCUUAUUAUAUGGAAGGCAUUGGAUCAGUCAGGUGCGGUGUUGACAAUGGAAAGAAGACGAGUUCGAGAUGGUUCAAGAAGAACGCAAAAUCAUACAUGGACACAGUUAUACGUGCCUUCGAACAUAUAGGAGUCGAGAAUGUGGACGAAUACAUUGUGCCUCCAGCGGAGAAGUCUCUAUUUGAGAAGAUAAUGACCUUUUUAUGUCUUGAUAAUUAA